AUGUCAUACACGAUAGGCGCGAUACCGAAAACGGAAACAGAGGCGAAGCCGCUUCACUCGAUUCCGUGCAAAUUGGAUUUCAAUGGUCCCGCCGAUGUUGACGGCAAAUUUGUUCGACACCACGAUGAGAAUGAGAAAUUUGAGCGGGCGGUGUUCCGCGGACGAGGUCUCGAAGGCGCCGAAUUCAAACCGUCGCCCGGCUACGCGAUUUUUGUGUUGAAACCGAGAAAAGGUCCCAAAGGUGAAAUAUUGGAUAUUGAGGCGAAAGCAUCGAAAAUUCAAAUUUGGGAAUGGGAUCGGCAGUGCGGGGACGGCGCCGAACGCACGAUUAUCGCAAAAGCGGCGAAAUAUUUGAAAAUCGCCGAUUCGAUUUCGUAUCGCCGAGUUGGCGCAGUUCAGCCGCCGCCUCCGAUUCCGAAUCAUAUCAAAGUGCCGCCGAGUCCGGAAAAUGAGCGUGGCGUCGAGAUGCAGGUCUACGACGGCGAUCCGCAUUAA